AUGGCAAUUGAUCAAGAGGCUAUUAAAAAGAGAUUCUCUCAGAUCGAAGAUGACAUAAACAGCAUGAAUAAAAUGAUCGACGACAAUUUGCAAAUAUAUGAAACUGGUAAACGCAAUCACGAGUCCAAAUCAGAACCAGAGCCUACAACGGAAGCUGCAAGUGCCGGGGAAGUUGCUGGGGUGACAAUAGUUUCCGUCAGUCCCAAGGAGUUCUCCGAGGUGACAGCCAGUGUGGCGAACACUUUUAUUGGAAACUCAUUAAGAAAGGACAGCGAAGGUGAAAUCAAGGAGGCCAACAGACCUUCAACUGGGACGUUGGCUAAAAAUGAUGUGUCCGAUCCUGUAGCAACACGUGAGACAAGUGAGAAGCCAGUCACGACAGAGACGAGUACCGCGCAAGGUCCCGUGGAAAUAGUUGGCAAGGACUCCUUGAACACAGCUCUUCAACAGGCUGCGCCAGAAACGGGAGAUGCCAUUCUCCAAACUGCAGCUCGAGACCCCACUCCAAAAGUGGAUAAAGAGACGGUAAAGCCAAGUGUUCAACCGUCCGAAUCAACGCAGCCUACACGUAUAGCUGAAAGGCCGCCCGUCAAGAACAUAACAUCAAAAGCAGUGGAACAUACCACCAAUACUUCGGAAGAUUUCAAGGACCGCAGCCGUGCCUCGGUCGAAAAAGCGUCCUCCCUGACUUCCUCGCAGGCAGAAACAACAACCACACAGAUAUUUUUGCCCAAGAAUAGCCAGCCAGACAGCAGCAUAGGUUCUCCUCCCUCGACGCCGACCACACCGAGUUUGCGACGGUCAACAAACCCCUUCAGAGUCAUUUCCGUUGGCAACACCAGUCAUGACGUUUCCAGUCGUAAAUCUUCAAAAUCCUCAAUGGAGAACGAAUCAAAUUGUGUAGAGCCUACCAGCAACACGGCAAAGUUGGAAAGAAGACUCGACUACCUUACCAAGAAAUGCUCAAAGUUGCAAAAGGAAAUUGCCUACUUACACGACAUGAGCAACCAAACUACAUUGCCGAUCGACGACAAGAGAAAGCUAAUAGAAGCGAUUGGCAAACUACAAGAGUAUCAGGACCUCAAAACGAAGGAGAAAUACGAAAUUGGCGUACAGCUCAGUAGACAGCUCAGAAAAGAUAUUGAUCGCGGUGAAAACGGUCAAUUUUGGGUCGGCACUAAAUAA